UGCCCCUGCGCUGGAGCGGGAGAGGAACAGCUGUUUGUGUUUGAUGUUCCGCUGCAGAUCGCGAUCCGGGCCUGCUUCUUGGGCUUUGCCUGCGGGUGCGGUUUGCUGCUGAGUUUUGGACAAUCCUCAUGGAAGCACUUCGGCUGGUAUAUGUGUUCCUUGUCACUGUUCCAUUAUUCUGAGUAUUUGAUGACAGCGAUCAAUAAUCCCAGAAGUUUGUCCUUGGACUCUUUCCUCCUAAACCACAGUUUUGAGUAUACUCUAGCUGCUCUCUCUUCUUGGAUAGAAUUCGCAGUUGAAAAAAUCAUUUAUCCAGAAAUGAAGCAAAUCACCUGGCUCAGUACAGUAGGGUUAUUGAUGGUGAUCUUUGGGGAUUGUCUGAGGAAAGCUGCCAUGCUCACAGCUGGCUCCAACUUCAACCAUAUUGUUCAGAAUGAGAAAUCGGAUACUCAUACUUUGGUGACAAGUGGGGUAUAUGGGUGGUUCCGGCACCCGUCUUACGUGGGAUGGUUUUACUGGAGUAUUGGAACACAGGUCUUACUCUGUAAUCCUGUCUGUGUUGUUGGCUACACUUUAGCAUCUUGGAGAUUCUUCAGAGAGCGAAUAGAAGAGGAGGAAUUUACGUUAAUUCACUUCUUUGGAGCGGAGUACCUGGAGUAUAAAAAGAGAGUGCCAUCAGGUCUGCCUUUUAUCAAGGGAGUUAAAGUGGAACUGUAACACAUGAAAAAUCAGACUCCCAUAGCGAACAUCCAGCUCCAGGCAUCAUAUGGAAAGGAACUAUGCAUAGCACUAUAUCGUGACACGCUUAGGAGUAGCCAGUCUUUGUUUACCGAUCAUCCAUUGGAAACUCAUUAAAGGCUAGGCAGCUGGAACACCUUGCAUAUAAACUAGAAAGUCAGUCAAGAUAGGCGUCCUUCCUAGAUGCAUAGAGGGAUCCUUCUGGAUUAUUUAAUCUAUAGUGAUCCUAAAAUGAAGCAUAAUGCUGGUGAAAAGAUGGCUCACUCUACUGACAACAGCUGAGUUGUAUUGAAACGUGUUAACAGAUUCUGUUGAAGAACGAGCUAUGCACUUCCUAGUAACAACCAUUGCACUAGAAGGUUGCUGGUUGGAAGAUCAUAUUUCUAUGGUGAAACUUCAAAAUUAAAGCUUUUUGCCCGUAAAAAAGCUAAACAGCACAGCUUUAACCUCUCUGGACCUGACUCCACAAGUCUGCAGUAUGUGGAACUCCCACUGAAGUCAGUGUGAUAAUAUCCUGCUUGGAGGGCAUUCAGAACCUCGCCCCUUUAUUUCUGUCUUUUAAAUGCAUGAAUUUACAUACCGUUUUGGGGAUAUGCUUACCUGAAAGACUGGCAGUGCAGCACAAAGCACUGUGUCCUAAUAUAAUGUUAAUAGGGGGCUCUUUCAAUAUUCAAACUUUCUUAAAUCACAAAUAAUCUUUCAUUAAACACCAUGAAAGCUCAGACUGAAAACUUAACUCAGUUGUUGUGUUCAUCAGUUACCUAGUGCCAUGAACUUAAGUUUCAUCAUUUUGUCAUUUUUCCGUAGUCCUCAUGGCAAGAGUCUGUCCUGUCAAAUGGUAAACUUGCUUCUGUAAAACAGUCUUCAAAAUCAUGCUGCAUUGUAUCCUAUUUAAAUAACUUUAGUUGAUAGCUCUUUCUCUACUCCUAGUUCACUCAUGAAAAUAAGUUUAAUUCAGAGAAAUUACAAGUUUGUUCCUGUUUUUGUGAAAUGCAGAGAAAACAAUAGCAGGCAGACUUGCAGUAGGCCUUAGGUAGUAAGAUCCUUGCCUGGUUCUAGAAUGUGUCUUGGAUGUUUCAUCUGUACGAGAAACACUUCCAGAAAAUAUGCUAAUGCAGGGAAAUAUUUUUCUGAUUAACUGAUAUUCUAAAUAUUCCCCAUUCUAGAAAUUAUUUGUAUUCAGAUUUUGUGGUAUAAUUUAUUUUUUGUUACUAUAUACCAAAGAAGUUCACUGUUUCCUUGAUUCUAGAUAGACUUUCUUGCUGGAAUGAGAAUUGUAUGCUGGCAAGUAAUGGCUUGGCUUGAAGUAUUCCUUUCAUUAAGGUGCUAUAACAUAGUUCAGGAAGUAGAGCAGAAGCUGCUUUUUUAAAGAUGUUGCCAACUUCUGUUGGGUUGUAAUUCAGUAAAGUUCUUUUGUGGUGCUGAUGACUAUAUCAGUAGUUUGGAAUGCUUAAGUUUACAAUUGAAAUACCACUGGGAACACACUUUGAUAUUAAAAUGAGGCAUGUACCAAACACGUUGGAAGUCAAAUUCCUGUAGACCGCAUAGGAAGGGAUGUAGGGACAAAUUGUUAAUCUCUUCUCUCUUCCAUCAUGUAAAAGCCUUUUCCUACCCAAGUUAUGCCUUCAAAUUCCAGGGCACCUGCUGCAUUGAAUUUCAGUUCAAAUACCCACUGUUACAUUAACUCUCCUACUGAAUAUAUUUGUUGCUUGAAGAAAAAGAUAUGAAACUUCAGCAGGGCUGUAUUUGGUUAAUGUUGUCUUUCCUCUGCAUAAUUAUUUGUAAGGACUUGAUUCCUGUUCAGAUUGCUUUUCCUUUGCAAUAGAAGUGCCUCCAAUGUACUUCUGAAAGAGAGUUAUAAAUUUUGCUAUCUGUCUGUAGCCAACAUACCUCAGAAGAAAUCUCAAACCAGUUAAAAUCUUAAUACAAACAACGAUUCUUAACUGCACUUAUUUUAUUAAGAUGUUUCUUGUAUGAAUUUUUCCAUUGUAUAAAUGUUUCAUAACUAAAUCUACUACUGCUAAUGAUACUGACCUUCUUUGUAAAGCACUUUGACACUGAACGUUGAAAAGCAUCGCACUGUAGCUGGUGGUGUAAUUUCCCUUGCUGGUGUACACAUACUAGCGGUUGCUCUACGAGAGCUAGUGCAAGUAUAAAUAGCUGUGGAGCUGCGGUAGCACGAGUAGCAGCAAUGGAGGCAUGGCUGAGCCAUCCCAAGUACAAACCUGCCUGGAACUGGUCAGCAUGUACUCCGCGUUGCUCGUGACUACACGGCUAUUUGUCCUUGCAGUAGCACUCAUCAAGCUACCAUUCAUAUGUGUAUGUGAACAGGGGAAUCAUACCACUAGCUUGUAGUAUAGACAUGGAAAUAGUACCUAGCAUGUAUGGGCUAAUUAGAAUUCACCUGAAUCAAGGGCAGAGAAAUUACACACUGUUCACAGAAUGACCCAGCAGAGUAAACUUAAAAAGUGCUCUGGAGUAUGGGGUUUUGCCAGGUAGUGAAAAAAUAUUCUAGGGACUUGGUUUAUUACAUGAAUAAAUCUUAUUAGGUCAAACUGUUAGAGCAAUACAGUGAGAAACUACUUGCUUAGUUGUUUGCUAUGUGAGACAAUAUGUAGGUCAAAUAUCUCUAACCCUAAACAUUUUAUGCAGCGUUACUACUCUAGUCUUAUUGUCAGAGGCUUGAGCUCACAUUAUCUUUCUCACACUGCUGUUUGAGGGCCCUCGUUAGG